AUGGGUUUCAAGAGAAAGAGAGUGACAUGUCUAUACAAUGUUCAACAGUUUUCGGACAUCAUAGUCAAGUUCAACGAUCGCAAAGUCUUCGCGCACAAGGCUAUACUUGCUACGUCAUCAUCGUACUUCCAUCGCGCCUUUACAUCAGGGUUUGCGGUCUCUUCGAGUCCUGAGAUCGAUUUGGGCGAUGAUGACGACCCGGAUCUGGUAGAAGCCAUGCUUCGUAUCAUGUACGAUGACCAGGAUAGUUGUGUCAUGACCGUCACCUUCCGCUACACGGACUUCUUCGAGGCGUUACUGGAUCUCUACAUUCUGGGCGACAAAUAUGAUGUUCCGGUGCUACGACAUCAAACUAAAGACUUACUCAUGUCAAACAUCAAAAGCAUCGUGUACAUCCGGGACGAGAAACGAGUUCCGGUUGAUGAAACGUUCGAGCAGGCAGAAAAAUGUAUCGCGAAGAUGCUCGGCCCUUCUGCCAUCACAUUUGCUGAUAGAUCCAUCCAAGAGGAGGCUCUUGACUGGUGCGCGGAAAAUCUUGAUGACUUGCUAUGGCGUAGACCUUUUCGUAAACAACUCGGCAGAGGCAAGAUGUUCAGUACGGAGUUCGCUGGACGACUUUUCCUUAGGAAGGCUAGGCUUAACGCUGUUGGAUUCGAAUCAGAUCAUGACAACGAUGUUUACGAUCACAGCAGCGAACUCAGCGAACACGACGAAGACAACCGAGUCAGCAUCAGAAGAGGCAGGCGAGGCAGGCGAGGCAGACGAUCCAGUGCAAAAUCCUUCCUUGCCUGA